AUGCCAUUCAUCAAGGACAAUGGUCAGUUUAGAUUUACACCAGAUGAAGAUCUAACAGCAUCGCAAAUUAAGAGUUAUUUUUCGUAUGUUACUCGAAGACGACGCAAACAAGUGAAUGAAAGCCAGCGUUUAUCAAGUCAAUCAGUGGCAACAAAUAAUGGUUACCGAAUGGAUUUGAAUGAUAGCGAUGAAGAAAUUGAUGAGGAAAAUACAAGCGAUUACGAUUCUCAAGUUGCUGCUGAACAAAUAGCUGAUUUUCAACAAAUAGCGAGAAACAUCUUAAAAAAGUAG